GCGUAGUGGGCGCAGCAUCCCGGGAUACAAAGAACGCAGCCACAAUGGCAGAUAUCUCUCUGUAUCUCACCAACGUCAACGUGUCUGUGACGCGGAACAUGGAUGGAGAGGAGAGUUCCAGCCCCAGCCCGGUGAGGGACUUUGAGAGUGUGGAGCUGGGGGAGCUGGAGAGGCCAGAGGAGCACAGCCCCAGGCAAAAGGAGAAGGUUCCUCGAAGGAUCAUUCACUUCUCCAGCGGUGAGACCAUGGAGGAAUACAGCACAGAUGAGGAGGACGAAGAGGAGGCAGAGAAAAAGGACCUGCUGCCCCAGCCCGCCCCAGUGUCCAAGAUGACGUGGGGACCAUAUUUCUGGUUUCACAUGUGGAGGGCUGCAACUUCCACCAUUUCAGCGUGUGAUUACCUGGGUGAGAGAAUGGCCAACCUGUUUGGCAUCACAUCUGCCAAAUAUCAAUACGCCAUUGAUGAAUACUACAGAAUAAAGAAAGAGAGAGAAGAGGAGCAGGAGGAGACGCGUCUGUCUGAAGUGGCUGAACGAACCUUCGACCAAACUGAAGAAGACGAAGAGGAGGAGAAAGAACAAACCCCAAAGCCGAGAAGAGAGAGGGACACUUCUGCAUCUGACGUGGGCUUUCAGAUCGAGAACGAAAACCAAGUUGCCUCAAACACAAUCAGAGUCCCGGCUAUUGUCACGGCAACCUAACUGGAUAGAAAUGGACUGCAGCAGUAAUGUCGUUAUGUCACAGAAGAAGGAGCACUGUUUUAUCUCACUAAGCACUAUUAUGGUUUGUGUAAUGGGCGAGAUCCACUCACAGUAUACAGUAAGGCAGGCUGGUACAACAGUGAAAAAAAGAGGUACAAGUAGCUCAUUGUACUGCAAAAGUAAUAUCUAAGUAAGUUAAAAUGACUUAAAUUAAGAAGAUUUGACUUUAUUUGAGUAGAUGCAACUUCAACCACAAGUAAAAUGAUCUACCAGUGGAUUAAGUGUGUUUUCAAGCAACAUUAGAGUAUGUUUCUUUAAGUGCAAGCAGUUAUUUUUCUUUUCUUCAUUCAUAUUUUAGGUUAAAAAAAAAAAUCUUCAUUUCCACUGGUAGAUCAUUUUACUUACUCUUCAGUUGAAUUUUGCUCAGACCAUGAUCAAACUUUCUUAAUUCAAGUAAUAUUAACUUGGCUAGAUUUGAGUUGUUGUGCAAUAUGACAAAAAAUACAGUAUAGGCCUAUCAUAUUUUUUUCCUCAUACUGAUUGAUCACAGUUUUCAAAUCAGUUGUAUUCUGUCUUAUGGUGCUUAACAGUGCACCCUCACUCAGGUUCUGAAAGUACAUUUUUCCAUUCAAUUUUCCAUAAACUUUCAGAAAAAUUCAAAGAUUAAGAGUUCAAAGGUUCAAAUCACGAGGCUAACCAGCUGCUAUUAUCCAUAAUGCGAAUGGUUUAAGCCCAGAAAGAAUAUUUAAAAUACAAAAUUUGUCCAAAUGCUUACUUAGCGGUUUAUAACAUCUCAGAAACCGAUUUUAAAUACAAGUAUAGGGCUUGUGGUCAUUAGUUACCACAUAACUGAUUAACCCUGAGGAAUGUAAUAUUAUUUUCUUUUAGGAAUGACAUGGGAAAUUUACAUCUGGAACCGGGGAGUGGGCGUUCACAUGAAUUUCCUGAACAUAAAUAAUGCAGACUUUUAAUCACUUAACCCAAAUACAUCAAAUUCACUUUUCUGAAGUCUGAACUCUGCCCCAAACCACAUGUUUUUAGUGACACAAGAUUGGCUGUGGACCAUAGCAUAUCAUUUAGGAUUAGAAAUCACUGAACCUCAAUCUUUAUUAAAAUGAGAUUAAUUGAACUACAUUUCAAAUGCAACCAUCCAGAAUAACAAUGGCAAAAGAUCAAUGUUUGCUAAUUAUGUUUGAGCUGUACUGCAGAGGAGUUGUAUACAGUAUAUUAUUGUACCAGCCCAGCCAUGUUUUACUGCUUAGUGGAAAUUAGGCGAGAUCUUAAGGGCAUUUUAAACCGUUGUGGCUUUUUCAACAUCAUAGCAACUGAUGGAACUGGCACUUAGUUUUUCUUUGUGUCUUUUUGUAAAUGUAACUACUUAUUUUCCACAAUUUCUGUAUGCAAAACGUGAUCCUAGGUAAUGUUUAAAUUACUUAAAUGACAAUUACUUUAUCUUAAUUUAAGACGAUUUGACUUGUAGGUUAAAAAAAAUCUUCUAAAAUAAGAAAAAAAAAAAGAAAAAAAUUACGGUAAAAUACAUUUGAAUUUCAAUUUUACACGUCAUAUAUUCUUAGUUGCACUGUGUAACUUUUCUGGUGGAGGGUCCGCUACUUGUCUCCAUGGAAAUGUCAUUGCUUUGCCUGGAAUGUUCCAUGGUAUGACUUUAAACAUUUCCAUCUAGCAUUUAUUCAUUACUGGUGCUUCUACUGCUCAAAAAUACCACAACACCUUAUGUAAAUAGAGGCGAAUCUCCGCAGAUCUGAAUUGUAAUGUAGCGUAGUGUAGCCAGCUUAUACCUCUUGUGAUUUAAUUUAUACUGUGGAACAUUCUAGACAAAGCAAUACAAUUUCCAUGAAGACAAGCACGGGACGGACCUAACACUAGAAAUGUUACACAGUGCACCUUUACGUUAUUAGCCAGUUUUUGCAGUUUAUUUUGCCAUUUCAUCAGUUGCUACGGAGACCUCCCCUGUAAUAUUCUUAUCUGGGGAGAGAGGUUAAAGGUUGCUCUUACGUGCACCAGACACUGUGCCUAAAACUCUACAACAGCCAAGUGGAUCAUAUUUUUGAAUAGGUCUUUGUCUUAACACGAAAAGUUCAGUAUCUGGAUCUGAACAAGUUUACACCUGACUGCACUGUCUACUUAAUGUGACCACAACGUUAGUCAUUGUAUGAGUGGAUUAAUGUGUGUAGAUGAUUUGUAGUUGUAAUUAUAAUCAGAUGUUGACAACCAAUGAAUUCCAGUUGAGUUUUGAUAGCCUUAUUUUGUCUAAAACACUAAAUGUUGUGUGAUCACGUAUGCAAGACUACUGACUUGUAAUUGUUCUAUAAUUGGACAGUUUGACACUUUUCACAUCGGUUUGAAUGAACUGACAGAGCACUUAUGUUUGAAUGGG